GAUCGUCAUUUUCGGACGUCACAAAGGGCGAAAAGCAGCCCAUUAACGUCUUUCAUUGGUGUUCAUAUAUAUGUAUACUCCUGGGUUGUUUUUCCCACGCCCCCCCUUUCUUUUCGUGCAUUUCCGUGUUCUUGCAGUGUGAUCAGAGAACCACUGAUCAUGCAGAUCUUUGUGAAAACUCUUACGGGGAAGACUAUCACCCUUGAGGUUGAAGCAUCGGAUACGAUCGAAAAUGUAAAGGCAAAAAUUCAGGACAAGGAAGGAAUUCCGCCAGAUCAGCAAAGAUUGAUCUUUGCUGGCAAGCAAUUGGAAGAUGGCAGGACAUUGUCGGACUACAACAUUCAAAAGGAAUCUACUUUACAUUUGGUGUUGCGCUUGCGAGGCGGUGCCAAGAAGCGCAAGAAGAAGAAUUACUCUACCCCCAAAAAAAUUAAGCACAAGAAGAAGAAGGUCAAGCUUGCUGUACUCAAAUAUUACAAGGUAGAUGAAAAUGGAAAGAUUCAUCGUUUAAGAAGAGAAUGCCCCAUGGAGCAGUGUGGCGCUGGAGUAUUCAUGGCGGCAAUGGAAGAUCGUCAUUAUUGCGGCAAGUGUGGAUACACGCUUGUAUUCAAUAAACCAGAGGAUAAAUAAAUUCUGAAGAGAUAUUCCAUGUA